AUGUCGAACGAAUUCGCCCCUAUCAGCGUCGGCCUCAUGGGCACAAUCGGUGUUGUUGGCAUCACGAUGUUUGACCUCCGUCGUCACGGCAAGGUCAGCGACAUUGUCAUGGCCGGCACCAAUGGUGGAAAGUUCCCCGAGGUUCGCGAGCACUUCAAGAAGAACAUUGGCGAUGUCUACAAGGGCCUGGACCUCAACUUCCGCGGCUUCCCGGAGGGCAACGUCCGCGACGCUGAGGCGUACAAGACGGCUCUCCGUGCGCUCCCCAAGGGUUCUGCUGUUAUCAUCUUCACGCCCGACUCGACCCACUUCCCCAUCGCAUCUGAGGCUCUCAACCUUGGCCACCACGUCAUGGUGACCAAGCCUGCUACUCAGAAGCUCGAGGACCACCAGACUCUCAUCGACCUUGCAGCCGAAAAGGGCCUCGUCUGCUGGGUUGAGCACCACAAGCGUUUCGACCCCGCCUACAAUGAUGCCCGCGCCCGUGCUCAGAACCUCGGCGACUUCAACUUUUACCAGUCGUACAUGUCGCAGCCCAAGUUCCAGCUCGAGACUUUCAAGUCGUGGGCUGGUAUCGACUCGGACAUCUCGUACUACCUCAACUCGCACCACAUCGACAUCCACUGCUGGAUGGUCGAGGGCAAGUACCGCCCCACUCGUGUGACUGCUUCCGCCUCCAAGGGCAUUGCCACUGGUAUGGGCUGCGACCCCCGCACCGAGGACACCAUCACCCUCCUCGUCGACUGGGUCAACAUCGCCGACGAGUCGAAGCGCGGCACCGCCGUCUACACUGCCUCGUGGGCCGCGCCCCUCAAGGCCGGUGUUCAUUCGAACCAGCGUUUCCACUACAUGGCAUCGGAGGGAGAGAUCGAGGUCGACCAGGCUCACCGCGGUUACAGCGUCGUCGAAGAUGCGACGGGCAAGUCGCAUUCUACAGAGUACUCGGCGGACGAAGAUGGCUUCUUCGACGCUCGUCGCGGUUACGGUUACGUUUCGCUGGAGAAGUUCAUCGACGCCGCACGCAACGUCAAUGCCGGUGUCAAGAAGGCCUCUGACUACGAGGGCAAGGGUCUCCCCACCAUCCAGGCCACUGUUCUCACCACUGCCAUUAUCCAGGCCGGUCGCAUUUCGCUGGACGAACGUCGCACCGUUGAGGUCCUUGAGGAGAACGGCAAGUACAAGCUCAAGUAA